CUCCCUUCUCUCAUACACUACCUUUCCUUGGGGUCGGCCAGUCAUAGCCCACUCCUUUAUUCCUGCGACCAUUUCCUCCGCACUCGCUCCGCACCUCUCCUUCCUUUCUCGAGUAUCCGCAGCAGGCCCUGCGUUUGCGACAGCUCACUUGCGCUUCUGUUGGUCGGCGAAUACUAAAGCUCAGAGCUUUGUCCCAGUCCGAACUUACGCAAAAAGAAGAAUGCCUCCCAAGAAGGUCGUCAAGGAGGAGAAGAUCCUUUUGGGUCGUCCCGGAAACAACCUGAAGAGUGGUAUCGUUGGUCUGGCUAACGUCGGCAAAUCCACCCUCUUCCAGGCCAUCACCAAGUGUUCCCUUGGUAACCCUGCUAACUUCCCCUACGCCACUAUCGACCCCGAGGAGUCUCGUGUCAUCGUUCCCGAUGAGCGUUACGAAUGGCUGUGCGAGCACUACAACCCCAAGUCGAGGGUGCCCGCUCACCAGACUAUCUACGAUAUUGCUGGUCUGACCCGUGGUGCUUCCACUGGUGCAGGUCUCGGUAACGCUUUCUUGUCCCACAUUCGCGCCGUCGAUGCCAUCUUCCAGGUCGUCAGAUGUUUCGAUGAUGCCGAGAUUAUCCACGUUGAGGGUGACGUCGACCCCGUCCGCGAUCUUGAGAUUAUCAGCGAGGAGCUUCGUAUCAAGGAUAUCGAGUUCGUCGAGAAGGCUCUUGAGGCCCUUGGCAAGCAGACUCGCCGUGGCGGUCAGUCUCUUGAGAUGAAGAAGCUCAAGGAGGAGGAAGCCACUGUCGGCAAGAUCCUCGCCCUCCUUCAGGACGGCAAGGACAUCCGUCACCAGCACUGGAGCCCCAAGGAGGUUGAGGUCAUCAACCCUCUUUUCCUCCUUACAGCCAAGCCCGUUGUCUACCUGACCAACCUUAGCGAGAGAGACUACCUUCGCCAGAAGAACAAGCACUUGCCCAAGGUUGUUGAGUGGAUCAAGACCCACUCUCCUGGCGAGCCCAUCCUCCCCAUUUCCAUCUCACUCGAGGAGCGCCUCAGUCGCUUCGAGACCGAUGCUGAGGUCGAGGAGGAGUGCAAGAAAAUUGGCGGCAAGUCUGCUCUGCCCAAGGCCAUCACCACCAUGCGCAAGGCCCUCAACCUUGGCAGUUUCUUCACCACUGGUACUGACGAAGUCCGCCAAUGGACCAUCCGUAACGGUACCAAGGCCCCCCAGGCUGCUGGUGUCAUCCACGGUGACUUCGAAAAGACUUUCAUCCAGGCCAUCGUAUACAACUUCAACCUCCUCAAGGAGUUGAAGACCGAAGCCGAAGUCAAGGCCCAAGGAAAGAUCAUGACCAAGGGCAAGGACUACAUCGUCGAGGAUGGAGACAUUCUCCUCAUCAAGGCCGGUGCCGCCAAGGCUUAAGCAUUGCGUUGAUGACGUUUCUUGAUGCUCGAACCCUUUGGAUGAAUGAUGAGUGGGACUAUGAUGGUCACUCAGCCAUCGUCAGGCAUCCUGUUUCUUUUUUAGUGCCACGACCUUCCAGUGUCGUGGCGACUGGUCGAACAAGCCAGUACUGAAGCAGCUUGCUGCGAAGAGUUGAUACCCGGCCUCCUUUAUGGCCAGCACAUAUAAAUGGGGCAGCUCGAUAUAUGUUGCAGACUCGCCUCAUGCCCC